ACGCUCUUUGUGUAAAUCCCAACCCAAACGGGUCCGGCUUGGAUUUAGACACUUCCCUGCCGCGUUUAUGAAGUUGGAGCGUUGCUGUCUCCCCUAAGAAUUGCAUUGUUCCGGCUCCUUCUAGUGCCUCCUGGGGACUCUGGCCAGUGAUCUUGUCACACUGAAGAUGACAACCCUUAUAUUCAUAGACAAAGAGAAUGAAGGAGAUGUUGCUGCUGCUUCUAAGGAUCGGCUAAGGUUGUCCUCAGUAUCUUCAAAAGUCUUAUCUGAAAGAUCACAGACCCAGACUCCACUUGUUGGAAGAACAGUUAAUGCAACUCCAGCCAGGUCUCAGUCUGUCAGAAAGGCUCUGGGAAAUGUAAACAGGACUUUGGGAACCACAAACAAGAAAGAAACUCAGAAACAGAAAAAACAGGCUUUGCCUACCAAGAAAAUUACUGGAAAGACAACUCAAGUGGAAAGCUGCAGUGUGGCCACUGAAGAAGCCUAUCCAGAAAUUGAAAACUUCUUUCCCUACAAUCCUCUCGACUUUGAGAGUUUUGAAGUUCCUGAAGAACACCAACUAAGCCACAUGUCCCUGACUGGGGUUCCUCUAUUGAUACUUGACAAAAAUAUACCUGACAGAUGUAUUAACAUGGUCCCUUCACCUGUGAAGCUGUCCCACAUUUCAUGGGAAUGUGAAUUGCUACAAUCAACUGCCAACUUUCUCUCUACCUUGGAUGAAAUCAUUGACUUGCCACCUUUGUCAUGACUCUUAAAGUGAAUUUGGAAGCCUUUUUUUAUUGAGCACUGAACAGCUUUGAAUCUUUUUUGUAUCCCUUAAUAAUAAAGAACUAAGUUA